AAUACCAUUGCUGAUUUAGCUUUGAAGUCGAUUCGACUAAAAACCUUUAUUCAAAUUCAGAUUGCCAAAAAAUCAAUGAGGAACACUUUAAGUCGUCUGUUCUUUCACAACUUAAUGACACUUCUCAAUACAUUUUAUGUUCUCCGCUUUGCAAACAAUACAUGCAAUACUUGCCCACUGGCUCCAAUUUUUCGAAAUUUGGGUUCAAAAUCCCUGUUUUACUUACACAAUGACUAUGAACGAUUCAGAUAAAUACAUAUACUCUUCAUUUUUCUAUGCAUUUCAGUGCCAUAUGGCAUAUGUGCAAUCUAUAUUGCAAUGAUUUUAAUUAUCGUCGGCCCUGUUCCAAAUAUAAUCUGCACAAUGUUAUAUGGUGCUCGGUGGACUUAUCAGACAGUUGAAUCCCGUUUUUUUGCUUCAUUCCUCUCUUGAACAAAAGUAUAUAUCUAAAGUACUUCUGCCCUUCAUGGUCGUAUCAAUUGUUCUUUCUCUAUUUCUAAAUCUUGCCAGUAUGAUUCUGGUCCGUCGUGUGAGUCAGCAACGACAAAAACUUGUGGAGACUCAUUUCCUCAAAUUGAUUGUAAUCACUUGUGCCGUGCAACUUCUAGGGACAAUGUUAACUGUAUGUGACCUGUUCAUCGACGACGUCCCCAUUAUUUUCUAUAAUUGUUUCAACGAUACCAUUGGUCGGUGAUUGCCUCACACUUUGCCAUCCUUGGCUCAUUUAAUGGUUGAACAAACCAAUAAGAGAUAAUUUGCUUAAUCUGAUAAAAUCUACUCCAGUGCCUUCUAAUAUUUUAGUCAUUUAAGCCAGGAAAAAGUGGCGGGU